AUGUUCAAAUUAAUAGGUAAAACUACACCUUAUGCAACUCACUUAUGCUCGCAGACACUGCUAUCCAACUACUAUAGGCUCACCUCAAAGCAAAUUAUAUCACCCACGUUUCAAAGUCUACGAAAUUUAUUUAUCCAAACUUCAGAUACCCCCAACGACCAUGCAUUAAAAUUCCUACCAUCUAUGCAAAUAUUGGGAGAAAAUGAAACCCGUGAAUUUCUUAGUGGAAGAGAGGCACAUUCAUCGCCUCUUGCGGUCAAGCUAUUUAGCGUUGAUGGGAUAAAGUCAAUAAUGUUUGGCUCCAACUUUAUUACCAUUGAAAAAAGUCCCCAUAUCGAGUGGCAAUUAUUGAAGCCGGAAAUAUUUUCAAUUCUAACUGAGUAUUUGACCAACGGUUUGCCUGUAAUUAACCUUGAUGGCGAGGAUGCAGCGUUGGCGAGUGAUGUCGCAUUCAAUGAAGAUGACGAUGAGGUAGUGUCUAUGAUCAAGGAGUUGAUUUUUACAAGGAUACGCCCAGCGAUACAAGAUGAUGGUGGUGACAUUGAAUUUGUGGACUUUAGAGAGUCCGAUGGAACCGUUUUUCUAAAAUUGAAAGGAGCAUGUAGAACUUGUGAUUCAAGUUCGGUCACACUAAAAAAUGGAAUAGAAAGCAUGUUGAAACACUAUAUUGAAGAAGUUCAGUCAGUGGAGCCUAUUGAAGAGGUGGAAGAAGCUACACCAAGUCAGGCAAGUAUUUCCCCUCGAAGUAGAGGUACUGAUUAG